GUUCCCGCAAGCAGAAACGUUCUCACCGUCUUCAUCCUUCGUCUCUCAGCUGUUCCACGUUGGCCACUGCAUAUGAAUUGCUGGAUAUUAAAUUGGGCGGCUACCAUGAAGCCUCUUACCGGGCUCUGUUUUAGAGCUCCUCCCUCCUUUAGACAUUUUGUUCUUUCCCACGUACGUCGAAGUUUUGUUGAUUAUGACUUGCUGAAAACACGACCUACGAAAACCUGGCAUGAUCUCGCGCGCUAUACAAGAGAGAAACUUACUGCCCAGAACACACGUUAACUUGUCUAAGGCCUUGGACGCUUUGUGGAUUCAAUCUAUGACUUUGGGAAUUCGACCGCGUAUAUCGAUUGCGCCAGCUUUAUUUGGACAAUUGAUGGCUCUGUCAUAGGCUGAAGGAUGUGUGCCUUCUGCACUCACCCACCCUCAAUGGCAUAUGGGUCCUCUAGUGACCAUUUUCCUGCAUAGCUGCC